AUGCUGGAAAUGCUGGGUGGGCAGUUUUAUUACGUAGCCUAUGACACCCAGGAUAGCAAUGCUCACUUGUAUGUCCUACCGACUAUUGAUGAGAAUGUCGCCAACACUUUCAGCCCAGAUGGUUACCACCAUGGUGACAAUUUUGUUGUUCAACAUUAUCAGGACAAUGGAAAUUACGAAGAUGGUGGUUGGAUCAAGGACCACUUUUAUGAAGAAAACAACGACGGCUUUGCAAACGGUCAUUAUGAUGAUUUUAACAAUUAUGGUGAUGAAAGUAUUGAUGGUGUGGAUGGUGAUGAUGACGAUAAUUAUGAUAGUGGUGACGAUGAUGAUAAAAAUGAUGAGGAUAGCAAUAGUGAUGAUAGCAAUGAGGAUAAUGGUAGAAAAAAUGGUGAUGACAAUGAUGAUAAUGUAAUUGAUGAAGAUGAUAAUGAUGAUGUUGGUGACAAUGAGAAUGAUGAUGAAGCUAAUGAGUCAACGUACAAUUACGACAAUCAUGAAGACAAUGGGCGAAAAAGAAAACAAACUGAGGACUGCUUCGCUAGUAUGGCAACAAGGCCAGCGAAUACAUGGCGGGAGUGGUGA